GUAGAGAAAAUUAAAAAAAAAAAAAAACUGACAACUAUUUCUCUCUGUCUCUGACAAUAAUUUCAACACGGGAACAGCAAAUCUAUUUUCCUUCUCUCUAAAAAGGAAAGGAAAGAAAAACUCCUCCUCCUCCUCCUCCUCCUCCUCCAUCCCUUAAUUAAGACCUGGGGUUUCCCCUUUUGUUUUAUCUGUUGAAAGUUAAAACAAAAUCCCGGUCUUAGUUAACAAGCAAUUGUUGUUUGUUUUUUAAGAAAAAAAUAACAAUAAGAAAAGGAGGCUUCUUUUUUUUCAGCUGCUGUUUCUUCAACAAUGAAUGACCUUUUGUCGGAUUCCUUUGAGAUCCCUCGGGGUCAGGGUUCCAGAGGCGGGGAUAUUGAGAUGGGAAUGAAUUCUGCAGACUUGGGCUUGGAGAGUUUCUUUAAAAAGGUUCAAGAGAUUGAGAAACAGAAUGAGAAGCUAGACAAGUUGCUCAAAAAGCUCCAGGAUGCACAUGAGGAGUCAAAGGCUGUGACCAAGGCUCCUGCCAUGAAAGGAAUCAAACAGCGAAUGGAGAAAGAUGUUGAUGAAGUUGGAAAAAUUGCUCGUUCAAUAAAGUCAAAACUCGAGGAACUUGACAAAGAGAAUUUAUCUAAUAGGCAGAAGCCGGGAUGUGGUAAAGGAACAGGUGUAGACCGAUCAAGAACCUCAACCACUAUAGCCUUGAAAAAGAAAUUGAAAGACAAGAUGGCUGAAUUUCAGACUCUUAGGGAAAACAUCCAUCAAGAGUACCGGGAGGUUGUUGAGAGGCGUGUUUUUACAGUGACGGGAACAAGAGCAGAUGAAGAGACGAUUGACGCAUUGAUUGAGACUGGAGACAGUGAACAAAUUUUUCAGAAAGCAAUUCAGGAACAAGGGCGAGGCCAGAUAACAGAUACUUUGGCAGAAAUUCAAGAGCGCCAUGAUGCAGUCAGAGAUCUGGAGAGGAAACUUCUGGACUUGCAACAGAUUUUUCUGGAUAUGGCUGUCUUGGUGGAUGCACAAGGGGACAUGCUUGACAACAUAGAAUCACAGGUCUCAAAUGCAGUAGAUCAUGUGCAGUCAGGGAAUGUUGCUCUCCAAAAGGCAAAGAAGUUACAAAGGAACUCCAGGAAAUGGAUGUGCAUUGCCAUUAUAAUCCUUCUUAUCAUUGUUGUCAUCAUCGUUGUGACCGUGCUUAAGCCAUGGAAUAACAAGAAGGGCGCUUAGCCCCUGUGGUCUUGUAUAAUGUACAAAUGUAAUGAGUUUGUGAGAUUGACCUUUGUAACCCUCCGGCAAUUUGUCAAUUUAUAUUUGAAGUCCGUGUUUGAAACUCAACAUGUCUGUCCAUUUUGUAUGAUAAAUUUGUUUGAGCGUGCCACUAUUAU